AUGACACAGCCGAGAAACCCCAAGAGAUCCCGUGAGGAUGGCGACGAGUCAUCGGAUAAAGCAAAGCGUGUCCGGACGGACGAUCGCGGAGCCGGUGGAAACCAGGUCCGCUUGCCCAUGAGCCGUGUGAUUCUGAGUCAAUACUAUCCAAGCGUUGUUACUCUGAGAGAAGCGGAGAAAGCCAGAGCCAGGCCUAAGCAUAUUCUUUGUGAUGGUUUUCGAAAGACUACUGGACUCAACACGCAAAGGCAGGGUGGCCCUGCUGGAGUCAAGCCGUCCAUCCCUAACCUGCUGUCAAUAUAUCCGAAUCACCAUGUAGAAGCUCUUAAAAGGCCGCCAUGGCCACAGCUGCUCCUUCUCUUAGGCCAGGCAGGGGAACGCAUCAUGGUUGACCUAUUAGUUGACUGCGCUGUCUAUGUUUCCGUGGAUUCUGGAGUCAGAAACAUGUGGCAGCUGAGUGGCACUCCCCUCUCCGAGCUAGACCCCAUCAUCCAGAUGGAUCCUCCCGAGUCAGACAGGCCAAGAACGCCAUGCAGGCCUAAGAAUCCAGCUGUAAGGUCACCUGGGGAAAUCACCUUCGUCAGAAGCCGAAUUCUUUACGCUAGAGCUGGGUUGACUGCAAGAGGCAACGUCGAAAUAGGCCUCCGACAUAUCCACAUCUUAAACCGUGCUCCAUACGUGCCCAAGGAAGCUUGCGAGCAAGGAAAGACCGGGGUCGACAGCGGCGGUAAUCGGGAAUUCGAAGACAACACACUCAGGGUCAUGGCGUACAUGUUCCCUCGCCAGUUUGGCCUCCACAAUGUCUUUACGUCGCAAGUUGACCGUCAGAAGAGUGCCCAGAAAUUUCAGGACUACACUCUACGAGAAGACGAGAUUUCUAGCGUGUUUCGCCGCGUCGACCAGGCUUGCGAUGGGAACUUCGCAGUUCGGAUUCGCCUACCUAAGCGACUCCGCGGCCGGCCGAAAGAGCUCGUAGAGCGCUUACAGAUUCUCCAUGCCCGAUGUUCAUAUGUCCAGAUUCUCGACCACUACUGCCCAAACCCAUUGACCGGCGGCGCUCAUAAGCGCGUCGCUCACUCGCAGCGGAUCGAAUGGAAGCCUGCGCCUGCGGGGUCUACAUCCGUGAGAGUCUGCAACAGCUCGGGAAAGAAGGCUAGCAAACGAAAGAGCGCGAAAAAUGGAAGAUCGAAAAAGGCACCCACACUCAACCUAGAAGGCAAGUCGAUUGUUGAUCUAGCCACUCCUGUCUCCCAGGUCUCUGCAUUCUGCCAAAGAGUCUUGUCAAAAAUCAUUCCCAACGAAUUUUGGGGAGUAGGCUCGACGCAGAAGCAUAACAAGGAGCUUGUUUUGCGAAACGUCGACCGUUUCAUUAGACUAAGGAGAUUUGAAAAUAUGUCUCUCCAUGAUGUAUAUCAAGGAAUCAAGGUGUCCGAUAUUGAAUGGCUCGCACCGCCUCACUUGAGAGGCACAAAAAUGACCAAUACGGACAAGCUAAAGAGGGUAGAGAUAUUCCUCGAAUUCCUAUACUACGUCUUUGACUCGCUCCUGAUCCCAUUAAUCCGGUCCAACUUCUACGUUACGGACUCGGGCAAGCACAAAUACCGCCUAUUCUACUUUCGGCACGAUGUCUGGCGGCGCAUCGCUGAACCUGCCACUGCUGCGCUUAAAUCUCGACUCCUGGAGGAGAUCAACACGAGCGAUGCCAAAGAAAUCCUUGCUUCGCGGACCCUUGGAACUAGUCAUUUAAGGCUGCUUCCGAAAGACUCAACUCUAAGGCCCAUCAUGAACCUCCGUAGGAGAGCAUUCCUGAGAGGAGAGCGGCAGACCUUGGGGCCUAGCAUCAACUCAAUACUAGCACCCGUUCACAGCAUGCUAUCCUUGGAAAAGGACCGAGAUCCUGCUCGGCUCGGCGCCUCUCUAUUCUCUGUCCCAGACCUGUACACGCGGCUCAAGUCCUUCUGCUCAAAGUUGCCACAAGGUCCACGGAAGAUGUUUUACUUUGCCAAAGUAGACGUCCAAGCCGCCUUCGAUACCAUACCCCAAGCAGCCGUAGUCGAGCUGAUGAAGACGAUCCCAUCAGACGUACAAUAUCUCAUAUCAAAGUACGUUGAAGUUAAGCCGGGAGAUGCGGCGCAGAAUAAGGCUGGCGUCACCAUCAUCAAGCCAUCGAAACGGUGGCUCUCUCUCGCCUCCACGUCAAAAGACAAUACCCGGUUCUCGCAGCAGCUCAAGUCGAAACUAGCACCAAACAAGCGGAACACAAUCUUUGUCGACAACGUCAUGAAGCGCGUGUUCAAAACCAAAGCCCUAAUAUCUCUCCUCACUUCUCACGUCGAGAGUAAUCUCAUUAAAAUCGGCAAGAAAUACUAUCGCCAAAAGUGCGGCGUCCCUCAGGGAUCGAUCCUUUCGACCGCCUUUUGCAACUAUUUCUACGCCGAUCUCGAGCGGAGACAUCUCUCCUUCCUUGCGGACGACGACGAAACACUCCUGCUGCGGCUCAUCGACGACUUCCUCCUCAUCACGACAGAUAAGGCCAAAGCCGAGCGCUUCAUAAAAGUCAUGCAUGCCGGCCUCCCCGACUACGGCGUCACUGUCAGCCGGGCGAAAACUCUCGUCAACUUCCCAAUGGAGAUCGACUCUGAACCGCUCCCUCAAUGGGACCCAUCCUCCGGGGGCUUCCCCUACUGCGGCACGCUCAUCGACUCCACGACCCUCGCCAUCUCCAAAAACCGCCCCACCGGGGGAAAACAGCUGACAACCACCGACGAUUGCCUCACGGUAGAAUCCUCCCGCCGCCCAGGCCGCAACUUCGAGCGCAAAACCCUCAACGCCUUCCGCCUCCAAUCCCACAUGAUGUUCUACGACACAUCCCACAACCCCCUCUCCCUCUCCCUCUCCAACCUCGACGCCGCCCUCGCCGAGACGGCCCGCAAGGCGUGCGCCUACAUUCGGUGCCUACCGCGCGAGAAGAGGCCCCGCGAGCACGUUUUCGUGCGCACGAUCCGGAAGCUCAUCGACGUUGCGUACUCGCUCCUCACGUCCAAGGAGAGGAGGGCGCGUUUCCCCGGUUACGAGUGCGCCAUAUCGAGGACGCAGGUUCAGGUGGCUACGUUGGGGGCUUUUGGACGGGUCGUCAGGGCGAAGCAGCCUGGGUAUGAGGGCGUGAUUGAUUGGAUUGAGAAGGAGAUGGUAAAUCUUGAAUCGAGCAAGAAGCUCAAACGUAAGCUUAGGCUGGGGGGCAGAAACACCGAAAUGUGA